AUGGUUCAUCUCGCAUCUGUUGUUGCCAUCGGCCUGACUGCUCUGACUGGCAUUGUGUCCGCUCACCCCGGACAUGAUGUUAGAGCUGAAGCUGCCGAGCGAGCUGAAUUCUUGAAGAAUGCCCCUAUUCACUCGCGCAGCCUUGCCCAAUGUUCCUCUCGCCUUCAGCGUCGAGGCCAGCAAGACCGAAACGUCGCUCGUCGCCACAUGGCCGUGAAAAACAUUCGUCGCCGCCUUGGUCUUCAGCCUACCAGCCAACUACUCAAGGCGCGCUCCGAUAGCGCCCUAGAUACUUCGCAUCACUCCAACCUCACUGGAGUCGAACCUUCUACCGACCCCGAUGUGCUGUUUGGCACCGAUGCGACCUGCAUUCUCGCACCUGAUGUGACCCAGGGACCUUACUAUGUCACGGGUGAGCUGGUUCGUAAAAACAUGGCGGAGUCCCAGGAGGGUAUUCCUCUCUACAUGGACAUCCAGUUGAUCGACACCAACACCUGCGAACCCAUUCCGGAGAUCUACAUGGAUUUGUGGCACUGCAACUCCACCGGUGUCUAUUCUGGAGUCGUUGCCAGUGGAAACGGCAACUCUGGGGAUGAGACUAACCUCAACACGACCUUCCUCCGCGGCAUCCAGAAGAGUAACAGAGAAGGAGUCGUCCAGAUGCAAACAACCUUCCCAGGUCAUUACACUGGCCGUGCAACUCACAUCCACGUCCUCACCCACCCAGCCAACGAGACCACCGUUCUUCCAAACGGAACUCUCUCCGGUCUGUACAGCUCCCACUCGUCGCACGUUGGACAAAUUUUCUUCGACCAGGACCUCAUCUCCGCUGCUGACGAGAUCUCCCCGUACUCCACCAACACUCAGGAGGUGACCCUCAACUCCGACGACAGCAUUCUCAGCGAAGAGCUCGAUACCAUUGACCCAUUCAUGGAAUACGUGUAUCUUGGUGAUGAUCUCUCUGAUGGAAUCUUCGCUUGGAUCUCGGUUGGUAUGGACCCUACCGUCGACACAACUGUUUCCCCUGCAGCUUACUACACCGAGGAGGGUGGUGUUGCGAAUGAGAAUUCCGGUGCUGGUAUGGGUGGCGGUGGUGGCGGUGCUCCCUCAGGUUCCUUCAGUGGUGCUGCCCCCACUUCCUCGCCCACCUCCGUCUAA